GGCAGGAAUUUGAUGUCAAAGCCAAAUGUGUUAUCAAUGCUACGGGACCUUUCACAGACUCUGUGCGCAAAAUGGAUGAUCAGGAAGUACCAAACAUCUGUCAGCCAAGUGCAGGCGUGCAUAUUGUGAUGCCUGGUUAUUACAGCCCUGAUAACAUGGGACUGCUUGACCCAGCCACCAGCGACGGCAGAGUGAUCUUCUUCCUGCCGUGGGAGAAGAUGACUAUAGCAGGGACCACAGACAGCCCGACUGAUGUUACUUCCCAUCCGAUACCAACAGAAGAAGAUAUAAACUUCAUUUUGAAUGAAGUGCGCAACUACCUUAGCGUUGACGUUGAAGUGAGAAGAGGAGACGUGUUGGCAGCAUGGAGUGGCAUUCGUCCUCUGGUCACAGACCCCAACUCCAAAGACACGCAGUCGAUAUCCCGGAAUCAUGUCGUUACCAUUAGUGAUAGUGGCCUUGUCACAAUAGCAGGUGGGAAGUGGACAACCUACCGUGCCAUGGCGCAGGACACCAUCGACGCAGCUGUUCAGGCGCAUGGUCUGAAGGCAGGUUCCAGUAAGACCAUCGGACUGCAGCUACAAGGGGCUGAGGACUGGAGUCCCACUCUCUACAUUAGGUUGGUCCAAGACUAUGGACUUGAAAGUGAGGUGGCUCAGCAUCUAGCUUCGACAUAUGGUGAUAAGGCUUUUGAGGUGGCCAAAAUAGCCCAAGUUACUGGAAAGAGGUGGCCUAUUGUUGGAAAACGUCUUGUAUCUGAAUUUCCUUAUAUUGAAGCUGAG